CCACAAUUAUUUUCCAUCAGAAAGAGAGAAAGAGGGAGCUUGUUCCUACUCAUUAGCACUUAAAAAAAAAACUCAAUGAAGCUCUUUUUUGCAUUGACUCUACUAAUUCUCUCCACUCUUCUUUAUGAAGUUCAAGGAAUAAAUAGAAAAGUUUCGGAAAAACCCACAUCUUCCACCAUCACUUCCACGGUUGGUACUAAUUUCCCAGGUUUUGAAAAAAAAGGAAAAAAGAAACAUUUAACAGAAGCUCUUGGUUACAGUAACAUAAAACCAUAUUUUGACUUGCAGAACAACAAGAAUGAAGGAAAGAAAAGCAACCCACAAUUGAAGAUCAAAUCUACUAGAGAAAGUUUUUCCAUUAGGUCAUCACCUUCAAAUGUUGUGAAACCACCUUACCAAGAUGUUGUAGAUGUAGUUGAGUUAGAUUAUUCUCCACCCAAGAUAAACACUCCUAUACACAACUAAAAUGAGAAAGUGCAGGAACCAUGUAAUAUAUUUGUAUAUAUUUCUUAGAAUAUAUUUAAGUUCCCGCCUUUGUUUCUCUCUUCACUACUUCUAGUUAUCUUGUAUGUAGUAUGUCUGUACACUUUGAAUAUAUUUAAAUAACCGCCUUUGUUUCUCUCUUCACUACUUCUGGUUAUCUUGUAUGUAGUAUGUCCAUACACGAUUUUGGUAGAACGAAGAUGGCUUUUGAAGGUAUAUGUAUUGAAAGAUGAAGCUAGAUAAAUAUUCGUCAGGAAAAGAUGACAAAAGCUUUCAUAUUCAUAAAGUUAAAUGAUUAUGUAUAUAGCGGUUCUAUUGUAAGUGUUUAGUACUGUUAUGAGUGAAUAUUUCGACUAAUAUUCUAGAUCAUGACUGACUAUUGGGGAUAUUCAACAGGUCAGAUUCCUGAACCUGUUCCUUAUUUUUACACUAAUCUAUUUUUGCAUGUGUUGUUUACGUCUCGCAGGCUAAACGACAAAAGACCACGUGCAAGCAUGAUUUUCGCUUACUUAGUUGAAGGAAAUGAUUGUUGAAGUCGACGACCAGGACUCCAAUGUUCAAAGAAGUAUAUACCAGAGCAUCCCCGGAAUAUCGUACAUCUAGUUAGGAUUUUAUCUUAUAAAUAAUGGGGCCAAGUGAUCGAUUAGACUCUUAUGAACACCACUUACACACACACUCGCAAGCUUAUUCACUCUUUUUUGCAGAUUACACUCUUGAAUUUACACUACCACUCACACUAUAGCAAAUAUUGUAUCAUUGUUCACAUCGAUUCUCGAGUUGUACUUUGUUUCUUGUUGCAAUAAUAUUGAUUGAGGUAGACGGCUUUUAUAGUCAUCUCCCGAGGUUU